UACAUGCAGAUGGAACACUCGUAUACAUAAAAUACAUACAUACGUACAUACAUACAUACAUACAUACAUAUAUCUUUUUUAAAAAAAAGUGCCCAUGCUCAAGAAAGAUCCAAAACGAGUGUUGGUUAUCCAGAAGAAGUUAUAGUCAUCCUUCUGCAGAAGUUUGCUGAGGUCGCUGACAUGUUGUAAGACUUCAGCAAUCACAAAGAACAAGCAGGAACAGAAUGUUCUGAUAAGCAUAACAAACUUAGAGGAAGUAAGACAGAUAUGAGAGUCCACCCACGGGGCCAUUGAUGUUUUAAAGGUCCUCCCCGGAGGUCUUUUCAACAGACUGCAAGGAUUAAAAUGGCAAUGCCUACAUUAUUUUGAUAAGUGAGGCAGCUUAUUCAGAAAAAAAAUUUCAUAGCAUGACUAAGUUUCCAUAAACCUGUGGAGUCAGAGGGUUGAGCUAAACUGACUCCAUGACAGGCUUUCAGGAGCCAGUUCAGGGACUAGGCCUAAGUUUCUAUUUCCCAGAACUAAACAAACCAGUCCCAAGAAAACCCAUAACCUGUGGGGCAGUCAAUCAGAAACUGCCCAGCCAUUUAGCCUGAGGUACCUACUCUGCUUUUUCCUUCAGUCUCUGAGGAAGACUUCUUUCCUCUCCCGUAUGUUUCUGUCCCCAGUGUCCCUACUGCUGCCUCUGCACAGCUGGUGCAGGCAGAGGGAGGGGAAAAUCCCAACCCCACAUGGAAUCAGCCCCACAGUUGGGGCCAACUACCACCUGAUCAAGGGAGAAGACAGUUUAUGACAUACCUUCCCUUAUUCCCUUUGCCGUUAAUGAUCUUUACAAUUGGAAGUUGCAGAUCCCUAAAGUCUCAGAAAACUAUCUACUCUGAUAGAGCUCUUGGACUCACCAACUACUGGGGUGGCUGCCGACAACUGCUCCAGGUCCUCUUUACUACUGAAGAAGGGGAGCAGAUUGUGGGAGCUGCCUAGAAGUUGGUUCUGGGAGAAAAUGGGUUGCCCACCUGGAUCCAGGUCAAUAUUGAUGUGCCCUUUCCUCUGAUUCAGCCAGAUUAGGACCAUAACACUCAUGCAGUUAAGGAGAGGCUCACAGUCUACCACCAGUUUCUAAUGGGGGGUCUCCGAGAGGCUGCUAGAUGGCCUACAAAUUUGUUCAAAGUAAGUGAGAUAGUGCAGGGAAAAGAUGAGUCAUUGAGAAAUUUCCUGGAAAGAUUGAUGGAGGACUAUAUAACCUACACUCCAUCUGAUCCGGAAGCCAGAGAGAACCAAUCUGCCAUAAACAUGGCCUUCGUCAAUCAAGCUGCCCCUAGUAUCUGCCAGAAACUUCAGCACCUAGACAACUUUGUGGGUUAUCAGCCUAGAAGUAAAACCGACCAGAAGCCAUGCACAACACUACAUCCCCAGAGAAAGGCUGGUCCCUUCCCAUCCAUGACAUCUCACCAUGAACAUGAUUCAAGACAGCGCCUUCCAGGCCAAGCUCAUGAAGAGUGCUGACACCUUUGAGUUGAAGUACAACUUCUCAUGUGAGCUGUACCGAUUGUCCACAUAUUCAGCUUUUCCCAGGGGAGUUCCUGUCUCAGAAAGGAGUCUGGCUCGUGCUGGCUUUUACUACACUGGUGUCAAUGACAAGGUCAAGUGCUUCUGCUGUGGCCUGAUGCUGGACAACUGGAAACAAGGGGACAGUCCCAUUGAGAAGCACAGAAAGCUGUAUCCCAGCUGCAGCUUUGUACAGACUCUGAAUCCAGCCAACAGUCUGGAAGCUAGCCCUCAGCCUUCUCUUCCUCCCACAGAGAUGAGCACCAUGCCUUCAUGCUCUGCAAGUUCCGAGAACACUGGCUACUUCAGUGGCUCUUACUCAAGCUUUCCCUCAGACCCUGUGAACUUCCGAGCAAAUCAAGAUUGUCUUGCUUUGAGCACAAGUCCCUACCGCUUUGCAAUGAACACAGAGAAGGCCAGAUUACUCACUUAUCAAACAUGGCCAUUGUCUUUUCUGUCACCAGCAGAGCUGGCCAAAGCAGGCUUCUACUACAUAGGACCUGGAGAUAGAGUGGCCUGCUUUGCCUGUGAUGGGAAACUGAGCAACUGGGACUGUAAGGAUGAUGCCAUGUCAGAGCACCGCAGGCAUUUCCCCAGCUGCCCGUUCUUAAAAGACCUGGGUCAGUCUGCUUCGAGAUAUACUGUCUCUAACCUGAGCCUGCAGACGCAUGGAGCCCGUGUUAGAACAUUCUCUGACUGGCCUUCUAGUGCUCCUGUUCAUCCCCAGGAACUUGCAAGCGCAGGCUUCUAUUAUACAGGACACAGUGAUGACGUCAAGUGCUUUUGCUGUGAUGGUGGGCUGAGGUGCUGGGAAUCUGGAGAUGACCCCUGGGUGGAACAUGCCAAGUGGUUUCCAAGGUGUGAGUACUUGAUCAGAAUCAAAGGCCAAGAGUUUGUCAGCCAAGUUCAAGCCAGUUACCCUCAUCUACUUGAGCAGCUAUUAUCUACGUCAGACUCCCCAGAAGAUGAGAAUGCAGAAGGAGCAAUUGUGCAUUUCGGCCCUGGAGAAAGUUCGGAAGAUGUCAUCAUGAUGAGCACGCCUGUGGUUAAAGCGGCCUUGGAAAUGGGCUUCAGUAGGAGUCUGGUGAGACAGAUGGUUCAACGUCAGAUCCUGGCCACUGGUGAGAACUACAGGACGGUCAGUGACCUCGUGAUAGGCUUACUUGAUGCAGAAGACGAGAUGAGAGAGGAGCAGACGGAGCAGGCGGCCGAGGAGGAGGAGUCAGAUGAUCUAGCAUUAAUCCGGAAGAACAAAAUGGUGCUUCUUCAACAUUUGGCGUGUGUGACAGCAAUGCUGGAUUGCCUCCUAAGUGUAAGAGCCAUCACUGAGCAGGAGUACAGUGCUGUGAAACAGCAACCACACACCUUGCAGGCAAGAACACUGAUUGAUACUGUGCUAGCAAAAGGAAACACCACAGUGACCUCAUUCAGAAACUCCCUUCAGGAAAUCGACCUUGGGUUAUACAGAGAUAUAUUUGUGCAACCGGACAUUAGGAGUCUUCCCGCAGGUGACAUUGCAGCUCUACCGAUGGAAGAACAGUUGCGGAAACUCCUGGAAGAGAGAAUGUGUAAAGUGUGUAUGGACCGAGAGGUGUCCAUUGUGUUCAUUCCCUGUGGCCAUCUGGUCGUGUGCAAAGACUGUGCACCCUCUCUGAGGAAGUGUCCCAUCUGCAGAGGGACCAUCAAGGGCACAGUACGCACAUUUCUCUCCUGAACAGGACUGAUGGCCCAUGGCUGCAACCCCAGCCAGGAGGAGCAGAAGUUCAGUAUCACUCCCAGCUCCAUAAGGAACUUGAAGCCAGCCUGGACCACAUGAGACACUGCCAAACAAACAAAUAUAAAAAUGAAAAACAUGGGAAAAAAGAAAAACUUUUGUCUAAACUCAAAAAUGAAUGAGUUACUUCUAUAAUGAUUUUAAUUGGUUUCCUUAAAAGUGCUAUUUAUUCCCAACUCAGAAAACUGUUUUCUGUAGACAUAUUUACAUACUACCUGCAUCUAGAGCAUACCUGUUCAUAUAUUCAGAUGCCGAGAGAGAGGGUUUUGUUCUUGAUCCUGAAAAGCAGAGACUGCCUGCACUCCUGAAGUUCUCAGAGAAGAUUUACAGUGUUAGUAUUUAUGGUUUAGAAAUUAGGAUCAUCCCCAGUUGCUUUAAGAACCCAGGCGGUGGUGGUGCACACCUUUAAUCCCAGCACUUGGGAGAUAAAGGCAGGUGGAUUUCUGAGUUCAAGGCCAGCCUGGUCUACAGAGUGAGUUCCAGGUCAGCCAGGGCUAUCUAUACAGAGGAACUCUGUCUUGAAAAAUAAACAAACAAACAAAAAAACAAAAACUGGGAGCACAGAUUUCCAUGUGUUUUAUGCAUAUAAAUUCUUGUUAUUUAUUGGAUAACAUUUUAGGGAUAUUAAAUUUUUAUAAAGAAUUUGUGAGAAAAAAAUAAUAAGGCAACAUAAUUACACUUUUUUAAAAAAUUGAUGCUUGGCAGGUUUACCACAUCAAGAUUCCUACAAUAUCUUUUUAAGAUUCUUAAAUGAUGGGACAAGGAGAUGGCUCCAUCUGGAAAGUGCUUGGCACAGAAACAUGAGGAUCUGCGUUUGAGUCUCCUGCAGCCCCAUAAAAAGUCAGGAGUUGAAGUGACAUUUAAUCUACAGGAAUUGGUUCAAUACUUUUGUCUCAGUUAGGGUUUUAUUACUAUGAAGAGACAUCAUGAUGGGGGCAACUCAAAUAUUAAAUAAAUAUUAAAAACAUAUUUAAUUGG